UGAAGUCCAGACGUUCCCGGUCUGAAGUCCAGACGUUCCCGGUCUGAAGUCCAGACGUUCCCGGUCUGAAGUCCAGACGUUCCCGGUCCUCCUCUCGUCUCUCCGCUCCACCGAGACCGCUCCGGCUCCAUGGCUCUGAUGUGCAGGCAGCUGGCGGGGGCGGCGGCCAGCUGCGUGGGCUGGGUGGGGGUCAUCGUCGCCACGGCGACCAACGACUGGGUUCGUACCUGCGACUACACGGUGGCCACCUGCGUCCGCAUGGACGAGCUGGGCUCCCGGGGGCUGUGGGCCGAGUGCGUGGUCUCCCCGGCGCUGUACCACUGCGUGGCGCUCAACCAGGUGCUCACGCUGCCAGCCUACGUCCAGACGUCCCGGGCCCUGAUGAUCUGCUCCUGCCUGCUGGGUCUCCCCGGGACGCUGCUGGUCCUCAUGUCCCUGCCGUGUGUCCGCCUGCAGAACGACGACCAGCGAGUGAAGCAGCGCCGCGCCCUGGUGGGCGGAGUCCUGUUCCUCAUCAUGGCGGUCUGCGGCAUCGUGUCCACCACCUGGUUCCCGGUGGGCGCCCACCAGGCGGAGGGGCUGAUGUCGUUCGGCUUCUCGCUGUACGCCGGCUGGGUGGGCUCGGCGCUCUGCCUGCUGGGGGGCGGGGCCAUCCUCUGCUGCCACGCCUCCCGGCCGGCCGCCGCCCGGGACGCCAGCUUCUACUACUCCAGGCGCGGCGGCACGGCCACCGCGGACCCGCCCGCCAACGCCACCCACGCCAAGAGCGCCCGGGUCUGAGGGGGCGGCGAACCUCGAGAACGCCGAGAACGUGGAGAACCGCGAGAGCCCCGACCGACCGCCGCCUCGUUUCAGCCGAUCAGGAGAAAUCUGCCUGACCGGCUUCAGCCUCGCUGCCUGUUCCUGACGACAGUCAAAGAAACAUCAUCAGGAUGUAGCUGAAGCACACACACACACACACACACACACACACACACACACACACACACACACACACACACACACACACACACACACACUUUCUGUCUUUAGUCUUUCUCUUCACAGGAUUUUUAAGUCUUUGUUUAAAAAUUCUGACCUUUGACCUUUUGGCUCGCUUGGAGAAAACGACCCGUCGAGCUUCUGUCUCUACUUUUAGCGCCUUUGUUUUGCCGGCGAUCGUCCACGUUU